AUGGUUAACCACCACGCACUGUAUUGUAUUUCAAAUGAUAAAAUUCCAUGGCUAGAAUUUAGGAGGAUGGUUGCUAGAGGAUAUCUUGCUUUAUCUUCAGAACUCUCAGAUGCAAAAAAGGGUGGCAGGACUUCUUUCACUAAAGCAUCAAUUACUCGUGUUCCUACUGUUAUCAGAACAUCUGGUAAUCAUUAUAUUGAACGGACCGAAAAUGGUAAACAAAGAAAAUGUUCAGUGUGCAAAACAAAUGCAAGGAAACAAUGUGGAAAAUGUAAUAUUGGAUUACACGAAGACUGUUUUGAACGCUGGCAUUAA